AUGCCCGCCCUGCUGGUGCUGGACACCGGCAGCGACGUGGUGUGGCUGCAGUGCGCGCCGUACCGCCGGUGCUACGCGCUGUCGGGUUGUAAUAUGCAGCAUAUCCCUGAUUUGUCUGGGAGGGAAACUCUGGUUCGGAUCACUGGUACCAUCCUAAAACCUUGGUCCAUGCUUGACCUUGAAGGCUGUUGUGGCAUGAAGGUCAAGGCUGAUCGUGAUGAGUCGUCGCCUUAUGCUGCUAUGCUUGCUGCUCAAGAUGUUGCACAGCGUUGCAAGAGUUGCUGUAUCCAGAAAAGUAAUUUGUCAGUUGGUAUUUUGUCUUCAGGAGCUUGGUAUAUUACUACACUGCACAUUAAGCUUCGUGCCACUGGAGGCAACAAGACCAAGACCCCUGGACCUGGUGCUCAGUCUGCUCUCAGGGCUCUUGCUCGUUCUGGGAUGAAAAUUGGACGCAUCGAGGACGUUACCCCGGUUCCCACUGACAGCACUCGCAGAAAGGGCGGUAGGAGGGGAAGGAGGCUGUAG